GCACGUGAGUUCCGACCAGCGCUCCGCAGCAAGAAGGCUGCUAAAUGGUGAUUGGAUGUUGCCAGAGGUCACCAACCUUGACCUUGGUGAACUACCCUCGUUGGCAACAUGAAAGCAAUCAUUCAGCGUGUGAUGCAGGCGAAAGUUACGGUUGGAGAUGAAGUGGUCAGUUCUAUUGGACGUGGACUUUGUGUCCUAAUUGGUAUAUCCCGAUAUGACACACCCAAGGAAGCCGAAUACAUAGUCCGCAAGAUUUUGAAUUUCCGCCUUUUUGAUGAUGAUCAAGGAAAGAGAUGGGCUAAAAGUGUCCAAGAUAAAAACUUUGAAGUCCUAUGCAUCAGUCAGUUUACCCUGUGCUUUACCAUGAAGGGCAACAAACCAGAUUAUCAUGAAGCCAUGGGUCCAGAGCAAUCCCAGGAAUUUUAUAACAACAUACUAGAUCAACUACGUGCUGCCUACAAACCUGAGAAAAUUAAAGAUGGACAGUUUGGUGCAUAUAUGCAAGUUCACAUUCAGAAUGAUGGCCCUGUUACUAUACCUUUGGAAGUUGCUGCUUCAGGCCAGUGCAACAAAAACCAACAAGUUAGAAGCAGAAGUGAUGAGAAUGAUCAAGUAGAUGGAGCUGCACCAUGAUGUAUUUUGCUUCUCUUUUUAAGGUUUUAAAAAUGGAACAUUAUCUACCUUUAUCAUGCGGCUCUAUGCUCCUCAAAGGAGCAACAAGGAAUAAACUGAACUACCUUUAUCUUCAUUCAUUUUCUUUUUUAGAGCACUAUAAAUAUUUGCACGGGGGGUGUGCUUGCGGGCCUAUGCUCCACUGGGGGAGAAUAGGAACAAGAAAAACAUUUGCAUGUUACAUGUAUUACAAAUUAUUAAAACAGACUUGGUCCCUAAUUUCUCAGGCACUUGUUGAUAUUUCCGAACAUCUCCUUAUCAACAGUAUAUCUGGUAUGUUGUUGCCUAUUAUUUAAAAUCAAAAUCAAAGGGGAAGGAGAGCAAAUAUACUGAAAUCAGUUUAUGAGCUGUAAGUUGACGAGUACAGAUACAGUCCCAACUCGUUAUCUCACCACCAUCCGUCCAGCAAAAACUUGGGGUGAAUGGUAAGGAUGGCAACAUAAAGAGGGGAGAUGGUCCAUAUCCCAGGGUAAUUUUGGGGGAAGUCCACUCCGCUCAAAGUUUGGGGAAAAGCAGAGUUGGUGACUUAACAAGCUGACCCUGUAUUCUAAGAUCAUGCUUUUGUUUUGCAGGAACAAUGGUUAAAACUAUGUUUGUGAUAAAACUGCCUUUUUAAACCACAAAAUACAUUUAUCUGUUUUUAGUCGUUGCAGAAAUUUGGUUAAGGGUUUUUUUUUUAUUGUCACUACUUUCAUAAUUUUCUACUUUUCUCUGACCCGUACCUAUUUCCGACCAGUCCAUAUGGAACAUCGUUCUAAACUUUUUAUAUAUAUAUAAUUUAAAAAAAGUAUAGAAUUGUUUUACAUAAUAUUUUUGUCCCAUGUUUUCCAAACCAGUCACAUUUGCUUAAGUAGCUACAGCAGAUAUUUGCGUGGGGGUAAUAUGGCGCAUACUUAGCCCUAGUUCUAUGUACCACAGCCUUUUCAUACGUUUUAACUCUGCGCCUUUUGUAGCAGCUUAUUGAAAGACUGUAGUACGCAUGACGGAAAUGCCAGGCUACAAGUAAAUAAAACUAGUUCUAACCGGUUUAGACCGGUUUUGGCUUCUGCGUGGGUAAGCAUGCGUCACUGUGACGUCGUAGACGAUGCACUUCUUUUCUACAUCCGCAACAAGAUAGGGCAGUCAAAAAUGCUUCUUCAAUCUUUACGUAUAAAUAUAAAAUAUAUAAGUUAAUGCUAUUUAAACAUUUUGUGCUUUAUUAUGAUGCAGACGUGCAUAUUUUUUAAGGAUUUAAGAUAAAUCUGUUUUCUAUAGUUGAACUAUAUUUUGCUCAAGGAUUCAGUUGUUUGCUACAACGUAGUAGGUCCUACGCAUUUGUUCAAGGGCAAGCGAAAGAGAAGGAUGUUAGUGUCCAGACGACGAUGUUUCUUUUUCUUCUUUCAGAGAAGUGAUUUUGAUGGACGACCACAAUGAACUGUUUUCUAAAAAAGGACUUAAAGAGGAAAUUUUGGCAUGUAUUCAGCUAAUUUAGUUAAUUGCUUCUAUUGCGAUAUAGGUUCUAGCUCUAUCUACGAUUCAGAUUAGAAAAGACUCUAAAACGAUAAAUUCACAUUUGUAGGAAGACUUGUUUAAUUAAUAGUGACAUACACAUGAAGAAACUGAAACAAAUAAUAAGGGUGUUUUGUUUAAUGAUACAAUUUUGUGUAUUUGUAUUUACAAAAUAUGGCUAUGGCGUGGAGCAGACCGGUUUCAAACCGGUCUGUCGCGUGGUCGCGUUAACAAUAGCGUUUAUCUGAGUUCACAGGCGGUAAAGAUGAAGGAAAGUUCAACCAAACAAGAGCAGUUUGUGAAAAAUUGUUGGGUAAUAUUGAGGUAUGUCUGUAUUAAUGAUUAAUAUUGUUGAAGUUCGAUUAAAUAAGUCGGAAUGUCGAAAGACAA